CGCUGAUACUAUUUAUGAGAUCUGCUCAGCCGUUGAUUCCGGCGCGAUUUCCAGCAGCGAAUCUGAGCCUUCCAUGCGGGAUCCGACAGAAGGAGAGUAAUAGAGGCGAUGGCGAGGCAUCUCCAUGAGCUUUAGCUCUCGGCGCUCUCCUCCUCCGCGGUUAUCUGGCUCUAGGGUUUGGGUUUGGGGCGGGCGGUCGAGCGCUGAUUCCCUCGGAUUGGAGCGGAUUUGGGGCCGGCGGUGGCGGCGGCGGCGGACGGCGGCGAUGCUGCGGUUUUGGAGCCAGUACCAGUCCCACAGGGGUGGCGCGUUCGCUGCCCUUCUGGUGCUCCUCCUCCCGGCGUUCUGCCCAUCUCUCUUCUCCCCUCUUGGCCACGCCUUGCCUUCCAUCUUCUCGGAGUGGAAUGCUCCUAAACCUAGGCAUAUGUCUCUUCUGAAGGGUGCUUUACAACGCCAAAUAUCGGAUGAGCAGAAUUCUGAGCUCUGGGCCUCCUUAGCACACCAAGGAUGGAGACCAUGUAUAGAAUCUGAAAACAACCCUGUAUCACUACCCACUAAGUCAACAGGAUAUAUUCAAGUAUUCCUUGAUGGCGGGUUGAACCAACAGAGAAUGGGGAUUUGUGAUGCAGUUGCUGUUGCUAAAAUUCUAAAUGCAACCCUUGUGAUACCUCACCUUGAAGUGAAUCCUGUUUGGAAAGACUCAAGCUCCUUUGAGGAUAUUUAUGAUGUGGAUCACUUUAUUAGUGUCUUGAAAGAUGAGAUAUCAAUAGUUAGAGAAUUGCCUCAGGAAUUCUCAUGGAGCACAAGAGAGUAUUAUGCUGUGGCUAUUCGAGCUACUAGAGUUAAAACUGCACCUGUUCAUGCUUCAGCGAAUUGGUAUAUUGAGAAUGUUGCUCCCAUUCUGCAGAGCUACGGGAUUGCUGCUAUUGCCCCCUUUUCACACCGCCUGGCUUUUGACAACUUGCCUGGGGAACUUCAACAGCUACGUUGUAAGGUCAACUUCCAAGCAUUGGUUUUUGUUCCUCAUAUCAAUGCUUUGGGGGAGGCCCUUGUUAAGCGCUUGAGGUAUCCAGUUGGCAAACAUUCUGAUGAAUACAUACAAGAGGUAGUGGAUGAAAAUGUUGAUGCAGCAUCAGGAAAGUUUGUUGUGUUACACCUUCGGUUUGAUAAGGACAUGGCUGCUCACUCAGCCUGUGAUUUUGGUGGCGGCAAAGCUGAAAGGCUUGCUUUAGCAAAGUACAGGCAAGUGAUUUGGCAAGGAAGGGUCUUGAACUCUCAGUUCACUGAUGAGGAGCUGCGAAGCCAGGGUAGAUGUCCAUUGACUCCGGAAGAAAUUGGAUUACUGCUGGCAGCUUUAGGCUUUGACAGCAGAACUCGUCUGUACCUUGCUUCUCAUAAGGUAUAUGGUGGGGAAGCCAGGAUCUCUAGCUUGCGCAAGCUUUUCCCAUUGAUGGAGGACAAGAAAAGCCUUGCUUCUGAAGAGGAACUAGCUAAGGUUGAGGGAAAGGCUUCUCUUCUAGCUGCUGUGGAUUACUAUGUGAGCAUGCAGAGUGAUGUGUUCAUUUCUGCAUCUCCUGGAAAUAUGCACAAUGCUGUGGUGGGUCGUCGCACCUAUUUGAACUUGAAGACCAUAAGACCAAACAUGUCUUUGUUAGGACAGCUCUUCCUGAACAAGAGCAUGGAGUGGUCUGAGUUUCAACAAGUGGUCCAAGCAGGGCACAAGAAUAGACAAGGGCAGAUUCGGCCUAGGAAGCCAAAACAAUCCAUCUACACAUACCCUGCUCCAGAUUGCAUGUGUCAGCAGUGAAUUAUUUGUUCUUUUCAUUCAUAUUGCCCAUGAGUUACUACUGUGUUGUAUGUAAAGCUUGAAAGACAUUCAUUUGCUGCUCCUCAUUGUUACCUUCCAUAGAUGUGAUAAUGAAUACCUUUAUGUAUGAAUGUACUUCUAGAUGGUCGUGAUUGAAAUGGAUAUUGCUCUCUCGGUACAAA